AUGCUCCACCAAGGCCAAGGAAGCCACACACAUUUCAACGAUGAAGAAGAGGAGGAAGAGGAGCCACAAGCUCGAUCGAGUGAGCCGCAAGAGGCAACCCCAGUUGCAUGGAGCGCUCCUGAUGGCCGUCUCCCAUCUCCAGACCACGACCUAGCUAAGUUUGGGGGUGCCAACUCGAGCUCGAUCGAGUUGGGUGUAAAAACCAGAAAAGUGGUCUUUUGGAGCAUUCUGGAGCAUAUGGGACAAGGAGCAUGGAGGGACUUGGCACAUGGAAGCAGCUCAACUGGAUACGCAAAGGAAGAAGGGAGAAGCCAUCUUGAAGACCAGCUCGACCGUCCACUCGACCAACCGGUCGAGUUCCUCAACUCGACCGGCCAAGCUUCAACUCGAUCGAGCUGGAAGUCAAAGUCAAACCCGAAAAAUGUUGCUUCCCCCUUGACUUCCUUUGACCCUAAACCUAAUCCUCUUUGUAUUUAA